UUAUCUGCUUUGGCACCAAGUUUAAAUUUUGCACAAACUAGCUUCUCAUUAGAUCAAUUUUACACUGGAAUAAUCUAUAAAAAUAACUAAUUUAUAUCAAUGAUCAUCAAUAAUAUCACCUAAUUGCCAAAAAAAAAAAAAUGCAGGUGUUUAAUCUUUGUGCAAUUAGAUGCAAGAAUCGUGAUGUUUUUGAAAAAGGAAUAAAACCAUAUUCUGAAGUGGAGAAGUUGAUAAAGCAGAAUAAACCUCAAUGGGGAAGUUUCUAAAACAAUAUGACAGAGAAUACAUGAAAAUGGCCAUGUUGAAGCAUGAAGAGACCUUCAAACACCAGGUCCAUGAAUUACAUCGACUCUAUCAAAUUCAGAAGAUUCUGAUGAAUGAAAUGAAGACUGCAGAGCUGAAGAAGCAGCAAGCUUCUUCCAAUUCAGAAAAUAAGCCAGACAAGCGCUGCGCAGAAAAGAGAAGACUGAAUCGAACACUGGAACUUGAACUGAAUGCAGAAGAAUACAUAGGAAAAGAAAGCAAAGCUGAAGAAGGAGAGCUGGAGCUGACUCUGGCUACAGGAAGCAGGAGGAGGAAGAAAGAAGAAACUUCUUUUACUUCUGAUUCUGGAGCAAGUUUCUCAUGGUCUUCAGCUGAGUCAAGUGGGGUGAAAUUAAUGGGGAAAGAAGGGGGAUUGUUUCAGGCUAACAGCUUUCAGAGUGAGAGGAAGAGUUCUUAUGAUGUUGAAGAACAGGUGAGGCAGAAUAGUAUGAAUCAGUCGCCUUGGCUCUUGCAGUGUUUGAGUUUGAACAUGACAUGAUUAUCUCUUCUUCUUUUUUCUUUUUUUUGGUGAUCAUUUUCAAUAUAAACACCCUUGUUGAAUCUUAGGGAUCAUAAUCUUCUUUGGUGAACAAAAUCUAAA